CGUGCUUUCAGCAGCUGCGCGAGAUUAUUUUUGAUUGUGACUCGGUGAAUGAAUCGACACAUGCACAGGCAUCAGGCAUCUUCUUCGAGCGCCAAGGACGGCCAGACUCUGCGCUCGACUCUCGAUCUGCAUCCCCAACCCACUCAUCCCAAUCAACCCUCGCUGGCUCGAUUGCAAUCCAGCCCCCUUUCGACUUCGGAUCGAGCCGUCGCAGCUCCUCUACUUUCCACUGAAACAGGCACUUUACCAUAGCUGCGCUCGCCUCCUCUCGAUUGCGGGCA